AUAAUAGCUGGUUUCAGUUCAAAUGACCUAGAAUGCUUUUACUUUGACGUGAGUCUGUGGUUGACCAAGUACUUUAGCUAGCUCACCUCGUUGAUCCUCUUUGAGGAGUGUUUUUAGUCCACCCCAACUGGCCACUUCUACGUGAUUUUUCAGGGUCAAGAUUUCCUCAGAUGUUUUACAUUGCAUUCAGCUCAGGAUGCAAUUAUGCAAACCAGCUGCAGGCAUCAUGAAGCCUGUUUGGAAUACACUUUCCCAGAAUCUCUAUAAUCCAUCAAAGUAGUAGCCUAUUCUUCCAAACGAGCGAGUGAUGCACGCUGCCAAAGGUGUGUGCGUGUAGUGUGAGCGAGAGACAUCUGUGUGUGUGUGUGUGUGUUUGCCCGUGUGUGUGUGUCUGGAGAGAGAGAGAGACAUAGACCGAGCCCCUAACACGGAGCAUGCCUCUGCGUCCGGCAGCCGGCAAACAUGAGCCACCCAGCCCUCCACGGCAGGACCAGCAGCAGCAGCAGCACACACACACACACUCACACACACUCACACACCCUUACACACACACAGCAAACGGCAGCCAGGGGGCCAGCACUGACAGCGGCAGCUCCCGGGAAGAGGACAGCGGCAUUCCCAUUCCUGUCGGUGUUCCAGCUUUCCGUCCCGGUGCAGAGCGGAGCCACAGUGCAAGAGCACCCAUGGAGGAGCCGACAGGCAACACCGUGGUCAUCCGCAUUGGAAUCCCAGACCUACAACAGACGAAAUGUAUGAAAUUCAAUGUGGAUGCCCCUAUCUGGCUGUCAAAGCAGCGGAUCCUGUGUACUCUCAACCAGAGCCUGAAGGAUGUACUCAACUAUGGCCUAUUCCAGCCAGCCUACAACGGCAGGGCUGGCAAGUUUCUGGAUGAGGAGAGACAGCUAAGGGAAUACCCCUUCCCAUCCAUUGCUCCUGUACCUUACCUAGAGUUCCGCUAUAAAAGACGUGUCUACACCCAAAGUCACCUGGAUGAAAAACAGCUGUCUAAGCUCCACACCAAGGCAAACCUGAAGAAGUUUAUGGAGUAUGUGCAGCAGAAGAACAUUGAAAAGGUCUCAAGGUUCCUGGAAAAAGGCCUGGACCCCAACUUCCAUGAUCCAGAAACAGGAGAAUGUCCUCUAACGCUGGCAGCACAGCUGGAGGGAUGUGGAGAGCUCAUCAAGGUGCUGAAAAGUGGAGGGGCACAUCUGGACUUCAGAACAAAAGAUGGCAUUACUGCCCUACACAAGGCUGUGCGCAGCAAGAACCAUACAGCGCUUAUAACAUUGUUGGAUCUGGGUGCGUCCCCUGACUAUAAAGACAGUAGGGGUUUGACUCCUCUCUACCACAGCUCAAUGGUAGGAGGAGAUCCCUACUGCUGUGAGCUGCUUCUGCAUGAUCAUGCACAGGUCGGAUGUGUGGACGAGAAUGGCUGGCAGGAGAUACACCAGGCCUGCCGCUAUGGCCACGUGCAGCACCUGGAACACCUGCUGUUUUACGGAGCUGACAUGAGCGCCCAGAAUGCAUCUGGAAACACCGCCCUGCAUGUGUGCGCUCUCUACAACCAGGAUAGCUGUGCACGAGUUAUCCUGUUCCGGGGGGCCAAUAAAGAGAUAAAGAACUACAACAGCCAGACCGCCUUUCAGGUGGCUAUUAUAGCAGGAAACUUUGAUCUGGCUGAAAUCAUAAAGGUCCACAAAGCAUCAGAUGUUGUGCCUUUCAGGGAGACCCCCUCCUACACCAACCGUCGACGUGCGACACCUGGCCCCCUGCCCUCGCCACGUUCUUUGCUCCGCUCUGCUAGUGACAACAACCUGAAUGGGGACCACGAUCACAUCCACGGCCAGGGCCCCAGAGAAAUUCGUGGCCGUCAAGGCCACUCCCCUGUCCCCUCACUGCGCAGUCUGCCAGCUUUUGGGCAGCUGCACAGUAGUCUUGGAGAGAGCCGUCAUGGAGAGAUCCCUGACAGCAGUCUCCAGAGUACAGGCAGCUCCAGAUCCUCCCAUUCCCGCUCGCCUUCACUACAUCACAUGCAUGAAGAAGACAAGCCGGUUCCCCGGAGGUCCCACAGCCAUGGUUACCCUCAUGGGUACGGCCAUCGUGGAAGACUAAGCCCGGGCUCAGUGCAGCGAGACCCAAGCCCCCCUCAUCACACGCCUCCAGCGCUGACAGGCCCCCGCGGGCCCAAACGGAAACUCUAUAGUGCUGUCCCAGGACGUACCUUCAUUGUGGUCAAGCCCUACACGCCACAGGGGGAGGGAGAGAUCCAACUUAAUCGUGGCGAGAGAGUCAAAGACUAUGACUGUAAUGACAUGGAAGCUCUACCAGAGGAGCAUAUUUAUGAUGAAAUCAGACUGGUGAUGGAUGACUAUCUGGACUCCAAUGCUGACAUCUGGUAUAAUGAAGAUGAAGAGGAGUAUGCCAAUGACAUUAAUGAUGAUGAUGAACAUGAAGUUCUGAGUAUAGGGGAAGGAGGUUUCUGGGAAGGCACGGUCAAAGGGAGGACAGGCUGGUUUCCAGCAGACUAUGUGGAAGAGGUUCAGAUGAGGCAGUUUGACCCACGACUAGAGACUCGGGAGGACCGCACAAAGAGGCUGUUCAGACACUACACUGUGGGAUCCUACGACAACUUCACCUCAUACAGAAAGGUUUGUUACGGGUCUCCUGGCUCCAGCAGCGGGAACUCUGUGUUCCCUUGUGACUAUAUCAUAGAGGAGAAGAAUGCUGUUUUACAAAAGAAAGAAAAUGAGGGGUUUGGCUUUGUCCUCCGGGGAGCCAAAGCCGAGACGCCCAUUGAAGAGUUCACCCCCACCCCAGCGUUCCCUGCCCUUCAGUACCUGGAGUCUGUGGACGUGGAGGGAGUGGCCUGGAGGGCUGGUCUGAGGACAGGAGACUUCCUCAUUGAGGUAAAUGGGGUGAAUGUAGUGAAAGUUGGCCAUAAGCAGGUAGUGUCCUUGAUCCGGCAAGGGGGCAACAGGCUGCUGAUGAAGGUGGUGUCUGUCACACGCAAACCUGAGUCUGAGGAAGUUGUUCGCAAGAAAGCUCCCCCACCACCCAAGAGAGCUCCCAGCACCACCCUGACACUGCGCUCUAAGUCCAUGACCGCUGAGCUGGAGGAACUGGCUUCUGCUCGGAGGAGAAGAGGAGAGAGACUAGAUGAGAUGUUGGCAUCCCAGGAGUCUAUCUUACGUUCUCAGCCCCCGGAGGCAGAUUACAGAGCAGCUACUGUCAAACAAAGGCCUACCAGCAGGAGAAUAACACCAGCAGAGAUCAGUUCACUGUUUGAGAGACAAGGGAUGACUCUACAUGGAGGUCUUCACCCAGGCAUUGAGAGAAGUCACAUACCACUACCAAAGGGGAUGUCCAGGACCAAGUCAUUUGGUGCCACUGAGGAGGAUCAGCUGUCAGCCCUUGCAGGGGAGCACAGAUUUCCCCGCAGUUCCUCUAUGACAGACAGCCUCCGAGACCACUUACAGACCCAUCCCAUCCCUCCACCUCCACAAACAGCGCCUCCUCCUCCACCCACCUACUACCUAGACACUGGUCCUCCCCCCGCCUUCUGUCCCCCUCCUCCUCCAUCUAGGACCCACAGUCAGGGCCAUGAGCCUGGCGUACGCUCCAGCUUCAAGCCCUCCUCCUUGGACCUGCCUUACGAGGCUGCUCAGCGGCAGGCCACACAUUUAGAGAGACAGAAGAAAGCCCGCUCCAUGAUCAUCCUCCAGGAUUCUUCUCAUCUACCUGUAGAAGCCACAGAUAUUCCCCGUCCUUCUGCCGCUACUCCACCUGAGCGAAUUAAAAGGAAGGGACGGGUUAUUGAUAACCCUUAUGCUAAUGUUGGUCAAUUUAGCAUUGGACUGUACACACCCACCAAGCCACAGAGGAAGAAAAGUCCCCUGGUGAAACAACUACAGGUUGAAGAUGCACAAGAAAAAGCAAGUUUGGCCUUUGCUGCUGCCCAUUCCAGAGAGAGCUCACCCUCAGGGCGACACCCUUAUACCCAUGGACACACACACACCAGCCGUGCAGACUACUACCAGCAGCAGCUGAUGGCUGAGCGAGAGCGUUUGCGUUCCCAAGGAGAGAUGAUGUUUCAGGGUAAGGGACCUUUUGCCGCUGCAAUAGCUGGAGCAGUGAAGGAUCGUGAGCGUCGCCUAGAAGAACGAAGGAAAUCCACUGUCUUCCUUUCUGUUGGAACCAUGGAGGGGGCGUCUACCACCAGCUCUGACUCCCCCUCUCUGACUCAGUCUCACUCCAUCGAUGAACGGAUGCUCACCCGAGAGCUGGGACAGCUGCCUCCCCCUGCCUUGGCACUAAGCCCCUCACCUAGUGGGACCACCUUUAUUCAUCCGCUCACAGGAAAGCCCUUGGACCCAAACUCUCCACUGGCUCUUGCGCUGGCCGCAAGGGAGAGAGCACUGACCUCCCAGAGCCAGUCCCCAACUAGUAGCCCAGAACCUAGGACUAAACAGGAGCGGGCUGGCCAGGGAGUAAUAUUCAUUGACCCUCAGACCAAAGAGUCUCCACAUGGGGAAUUGACACCCUCAACUCCCCCUUUUUCGCCUAAAAGCGCCAAGGCAGUGGGGUAUGGUGUUGGAUCCUCGCCAGUAUCUAUUUUAGUUCCCCAGUCCACCAAACCUCAGUGGGCCACAUCCCCGUCCCCUGUCUUAUACCGGCAGGAGAUGGGGGCCAGAGUAGAGGAAAGGAAGGAGGAUAAAAAAAGUAUGUUGAUCAGUAUUAUGGAUACAUCACAGCAGAAAACAGCAGGGCUUAUCAUGGUCCAUGCUACCAGUAACGGCCAGGCUGUCGGGGUGGGUUCAGAACUAGUCUCCCAGCCCCAGGCCCAGCUUCAGACCCAGCCUCAAACUCAGCGUCCUGCUAGUCCAGCCCAAGAGAAGAGUCUGGCUCAGGGAAGCUCCGAAGAGGAUGUUGAUCCUUACACAGUGACCCUGCCCCCUGCAAUGUUGUCCUCCAGUGAUGAGGAAACUAGAGAGGAGCUACGUAAGAUUGGAGUUGUUCCACCACCAGAUGAGUUUGCUAAUGGGCUGCUGGCACAGGCACAGGGGACUCCAAUGUCCCUAACCAAACCUGUCUCCUCUCCCACCACUCCUACAACAACAACACCCCAAACUCCCUCAACCCCAACAACCCCAGUGGUGACCCCCGCUCAGCCUCAGCUUCCCCAGCCGGCACCUCCACCCAGUGCAGCAGCUGCCUCAGGGAAGCCCUCUGACCCUCUGGAGCCCCCACCGGUGGGCGAGUCUGGUUCUGCGGCUGACUCAGGUGUGGAGGAGGCUGACACGCGCAGCUCCAGUGACAGAGAGCGAGACCACCACCUCGAGACCACCAGCACCAUCUCCACUGUUUCCAGCAUGUCUACAUUGUCCUCAGAAAGCGGCGAGCCGGCCGACACACACACCACGCACACCUCCUAUGCCGACGGGCAGACUUUUGUGCUCGACAAGCCGCCAGUGCCUCCUAAGCCCCGACUUAAGUCCCAGAUAGGAGGCAGUAAAGGCCCCGUCACCUUCAGGGACCCUUUGCUGAAGCAGAGCUCUGACAGCGAGCUGCUAUCACAACAACAAGCUGCUGCCCUGGCUGCAGCUGCAGCUGGAGGAGUUGGGCUGCCCUCUGGUGGUUCAGCAUCAGUGACUGGACUAGCCCCCACCAAGCCGCGCUACCUCUUCCAGCGGAGGUCCAAGCUAUGGGGGGACCCAGUGGAGCCUCGUGGGCAAGGCGUGGGGCUAGGUAUUGGGAGUUUGGGCAAUCUUGGUGGGCUGGGACUAGGGCUGGGUGUAGAUGAGGGAGCAAAACCAUCUGUUAUGGGUGAGCUGAGUUCAAGACUACAGCAACUAAAUAAAGAUACUAGGUCACUGGGAGAGGAACCAUUGGGAGCAUCACUUGACCCGGGGAGAAAGUCACCUGUGGCAGGUGCCAGACUUUUCAGCAGCCUAGGGGAGCUCCACACCAUUUCUCAGAGGAGUUAUGGCACCACAUACACCAUUCGCCCUGGCAGCCGUUACCCCGUCACCCGACGCACCCUAAGCCCAGGUUCAGGCUCACCUGAUCGGGGCGACCCUCUCGGAAGAUUUUCAAGCUUUGGCCUACCGACUUCACCGACUACACCGCCACAAACCAUCCUCAAAUCCUCAAGCCUCAGCCUACCCCAGGAGCCUAAAGAGGUCCGCUUUGUAAUGAGGAGCUCCAGCGCCCGUUCCCGCUCUCGCUCCCCAUCCCCAUCCCCUUCCCAUUCCCCUGGACUGGGGUCACCACUUUUAGCCCUCCGACCCUUCCACCAGAAACCCCUCCACCUGUGGAAUAAGUACGACGUUGGCGACUGGCUGGAGAGCAUCAAUCUGGGGGAGCACAGAGCAGGGUUUCAGGAGCACGAGAUCGAAGGCUCUCACCUCCCAGCUCUAACCAAGGAGGACUUUGCAGAGCUAGGAGUGACACGAGUCGGACACCGCAUGAACAUUGAACGAGCACUAAAAAUGCUGCUAGAGAGCUGACCCCUGCCCUAAAACACAGCAACAGAAGGAGAGAAAGACAAAGAUAGAGCGGGCAAUAUAUAAAGUUGAUAAAAUAGAAAACAUAGGGGCCACUCCUCUUUUACUCUGGCUGCUUUUAUGUUCUGCAUCACAAAUGUUUUGUGUACUUUGGCAACACUUAAUGUUCCCAUUCUGCAUUAAUACCCUGCACUGCACUGAAGAGGUGGAGUCAAUUCAUUUGCCCCUUGUCCUCGGCCCUUAAUGUCUGCCCCCCUCCUUGCCUGCAGCCAAUUAGAUCAGACCUCAAAAUGGGCUCUGGUCUUUCUUUGCCGAGGAGAAUAGCAUGAGCUCCAAUUAAAACAUUUGAUUUGUGAAAAGCUUCAGUUGUUCCCUUACUAACACCCACACUUUCUCUCUCACUAUUCCCUCCUCUCCUCUCUACCUCUAUCCCUCCAUCUUUUAGGCCUCUGAAAGCCUUUUGCAGUUUGAGUAAAGGAGGAGGAGGAAGAAAGCUCAGUUGCCUUUCAAAAUAUUUAUACAGAGAUCAACAAUGAUGAACACAGGACUAUGGACAAAUGUGUGUCCCCUCUAUACCUGCUGUUGUUUUUAAACCGAAGACUUUCGAGCCCAGAGGUGGCGCUCCACCAAGUAAACCACGGGAGAAAACCAAUACGCCUUGGUACCCAGACUGUGCUAUCUAUUAUAUUUGGAGAAUGUUUAACCAACACUCGUGGCUUUUUUCAUAAUCAAUUUUUUUUGGUUUUCCAAAGGGAAUAUUAUAUAUAGGUAUUAUAAAAUAUGAUAUAUAUGUAUCAAAAUAUAGCUUUCAAAAGAAAAGACAAUAUUGCAAAGAGGAAAUGUAAUAAAUUAAUCUGCGCCUGUUUUUGGUUUUUAGUAUAGAAGGCAGAGAAAAAUCUUUAAAUUUAUUUCACCAAUAGUCUACUCAUUUCUACCAAUUAUAUACAUAUAUAUAAAUAUAUAUUUGAAAUAAAAAUCAAAAAGUACAUAGAUAUGGAAAUGAACUUUUUGUCAUAGAUAUACAACUUUCCUUAUGGUCACCCUUUCUUGAACCGUAGCAUGACGAGUUGCAUCAUGUCUUAGACAGAGAGUUUGAUGUUUGUUUUUAUUUUCUUACGGUCUUCCUUCAUACUAAAGGGCAUCCCGUAAUGUGAGGCUGAGACCCCAGCUGACACCCAUCCCUACUGCCUCAGCUACAGAUCCGACUGACGUGGUUCUGACUCUAUUUUAUCCACAACAACAUACAGUUACAGUAGGACCACCUGAUGAGACAGCUAAUUGGUAAAAGGGGCUCUUCAUCUUUUGCCUAUUUAUCACUCAGGGAUGGAAGUUUGGGGCACUAUCAUGGAGAGGUUGUUAGCUGUUGUUUUAUGACUAUUUAAAUUCUUAUGUGUGAUGACAUUUUAACACCACCACAGUCUGAAAAAAACGUUUAUGCUAGUAAAAUCUCCAUCCCUGUGACCCCUGAUGAAGCUUGUCAGCCCAGCACAAGGUCUGGUAUAGUGGAAGAAGGAAACACAGGGAUGUUUCUCAUCACCAGUAGAGAGGAAAGGAUCAUGAAAGAUAGCAGCAAUGUCUUUCAGAUUUGACUUUCACUGCAGAAGGAAAUAAAGUGAGCGAACCUGGCCAAAUCAAGCUUAACUUUUGAAAUAAAGCAAAUGUUUGUUUUUCUUACGUUUUCCUGGAGUAAAGCCAACAAAAACAUGUCAUACAUGGUUUUAAAUUAGCAAGACAAACAGUCUGUGCCCUUCUGAAAUGCCACUGUGUCUGUGAUCUAUCAGGCUGUGGGGAUGGGAACGCCUGUAAGGUCUUAAAGAAAAUUCAGUUUUUUACAACCUGGCAGUGUCUUGCAUCUUCGCUGCUUCCCUCUAUCUCUACGACUUACUUAGUGAGUAAAAUAUUAUCAUAAAGGGUGGCAGUCGGAACUCUACAAAUAAGACCCAGGUUGUGAAAAACAACAAAUGACUUUUCUUUUAACAAUGCAAAAUCUGCAAUUGUACUCAUGAGUAGCUUCUGCUGGCAGUGAGAAACAGUGAGUUUUAUUUACGCAACAAAAAGCAUUUUAUCCAUAGCUUUUCUCUAACAGACGGCCAGGUAAUCUUUAUUACUGCUAAAAACCGCCGUACAUCAGCAGCAUCCAGUGAGUUCGCCACGGCAGUUUCACUUAGCGAGAAGAUGUGUGCAUCCUUCUUCUUUUCUGUCUUUUUUAUUAUAUGCUAGCAGUUUGUAAAACCGAGUGGUGAAUAUAACGUUGUAUCUGGGUUGUAGGACUAGCACUCACUGCCUCACUGUGACCUCACUGAUUAUUUUCCUUCUGACUCCAGUGUUACAGUACGUCCUCCGACUUAUAUGGACUUGUUGUGUUAAUUGUUAUUUUGUCUUUUUUUCUUCUUCUUCUUUUCUUUGUUGAUUUGUUACCCUUGGAAACUGUGGGGUAGAUUUUGUAGCGUGUGGAACAUGAAACUUAAAUCUUUCACUCAUUAGAAUUUUAGAGUGACAGAAAAAAGACAGAGAAAAAAAGCAUAAUAUCCUGUCCAUUCUAAACGUACUUAGACUUGUAAAAAUGAUCAAACUACAAAAAAGUUCCUUUUCUUUUUUAAAUCACAAGCAAUGUAUAUAUGAUAGAUUUCAUAUAAUUUUUUGAAAAACAAAAAGUAUAUAGAUCUAUAUAUGAAUGUUUGGCAUAUAUGCAUAGUUAACCACCUGUGGAAAAGGUGAGCAGAUUUUAUUCUUUCUAUGUGCUCUUGAACUUUUGAACUCUGAACUAUGAACUAGGAUUUGCACAAAACAAGGUGACAAGGUGCUAAUAUAAAAGCCACCCAUCGUCCAAGCGCAUGUGUGCAUCUGGAUUCCCCGAUUCCCUCUGUGUGGUCGUUCCUCGUUACCGUGUGUGUGUGUGUGUGUGUGUGUGUGUGUGUGCGUGCGCGCAAAUGCUUGUUUGUUUCCAUUUUUUGUGUGUGUUUGUUUGAGAGACAAAACAAGACAUUUGACAGUGAGGGAGUGUAUGGUUGUUGUUAGGGUUAACAUCUUUGUAGUAGUCCACUAUAGCCUUACUGUAUUACUAUCAGAGAUUCUCGGCAGUGGCUGUGUAACACACACACACAUACACACACACACACACACACACACACACACACACACACACACACACACACACACACACACACACACACACAAUGUAUACACAGACAAACAGAAAAAUGCACACAUACAUUCAUCUUCAAUAGAUUUAACAUCAUUGUUCUGCAUUCUUGUUUUGUACUGAGUGACAUCUUCAAAAAGUAGACUGCUCUGCUCCAAGGGAGAAACAGAUAGACAGAUCACCACAGGGUAUUAAACGAAACCCUUGACACAUUUUAUAUUGCAAGACAACUAUAACUCACCUUGUAACUGUGGAGGUACGGUUUAUGCACUGUCACUGUUUUGUAAACCUAUUCCCAGAUGGCAUUUGCGCUCCUUACCCUCCACUCUGUCUGGCAGCACUCCUUUUUCCUUUUUCAGAUCUUCAGUUUCUGAGUUUUGGAUAUGCUAUAUGAGGUGAUCCAGUGAGGAACAAACAACACAAAGGAAAAAUGUGCCAAAAAAUAACUUAACUUUCAACUGUAUAUUUGUCUUUGCUUUAGGACUAUCUUAGUUACAGCAUUCUUGAGCUGUUAGACUCAAUAAUAUGGUGCCAUCUCCUGGAAAUCUUGAGAACUACAGACAUUUGUUAGAUCCGUCUGUAUUUCCUACAGGUGGAAAUACAGUCACUGUUAUUAUUUUGUAAAGAAGCAGGCUAUUGUUUAUAUUAAUACACACACACACACACACACACAUAUAUAUCUAUAUAUAUCUAUAUAUAUAUCUAUAUAUAUAGAUAUAUAUACAUAAUAGCCUGUGUAUAUCUACCUGUGAGCUUUGCAUUAACAUUUCUCUUUCAAUUUUGAGACAAAGUAUCACAACUGCUUGAUUUUACUGGGAUGGUUAUUAACCAGAUGGCUUGCUGUUCCCGUAUAAACACAAACACUUGAGAGGUGAAUGUGAACAGUCUGGACUCACACAGCCUGGCCUGGUUAGAAGAAACAAUGCUGUAGUGAAUACCUGGUCUGAUGGUUGUGUAAGUUUUCAACAAAUACAGAUGCAAAAUGCAACGUGUAACAAACUUUCACAUCAUUAGGUCAAAAAAGUUCCAUGAAGGGAUAUCUUUGUCUUAUUUUCUAAUCAACAAAGCACAAUCUAAAUAUUGUGGGGGGAGCAGUGUAACCUUUUUAAAAACCCACUGAGGUCCGGCCAUCCACUGGAACCAGUGAUCUUAUCAUCAAAGGGGUUUUUUUCUUUCAUUGUUGGUUUUCUCCUUGUUUGCACUGUGAAGUUUAGAAUGGUGGAUGUAUCACUGCAACACCUCAGCCUUGUCUCACAGGUGAACUUCCCCUUCUCAGCAUCCGAUGACCAGGCAAAUCAUCUACAGACUUUACCCUUAUAGCAUUAGAAAUCCCCCUCCCUUUUAAUACAUGAAGCCUGAGUCAAAAUAAAAAGUUAACCAGAAGCUACCUAGUAUUCCUCAUGCAAACAGAGUAAGGGGAGAUAGUGAAGGUUGAGGCAAGAUCUGAGAUGUUGCCCAGGAUAUCUCCACCACAGAGAUAUAUGUUUGUUAUAUUAUGUAAUAAAUUUAUAAUUAAAACAUGAACUGCAUCA